AUGGCAGCUAGCGCCGGGGCCAACAGCUGGUCGGGCAGCAGUGGGGGCAGCACAUCCUCGCAAGGACGCCAGCUGGCGACCGCUCAACCCGCCCAGGAGGAGCGUCUGGUGGUGGCGGUGCGAGUGCGUCCGAGUCUGGAGGCCUCUGAACGCUGCAUUGAAGUCAUCUCAGGCGGCUCCCUGCUAUAUGACGAUGGCGGCAAGAGCCGGCCAAGGAAAUACACCUACGAUCAUGUCUUCAAGGAGAACGACACACAAGAGCAAGUCUAUAGGACAACGACCGCACCACUUGUGAGGGAUGUCCUCAAUGGCUACAAUGCGGCGGUGUUUGCAUAUGGAGCAACUGGCUCUGGAAAGACGCACACAAUGCUGGGUCCUGUGCCGCGCAAAAAACCCUCAACAGCUGAUCGCGGACCAUCAACAGCCGCAGGAUACGAAGCGGAUGUCAAUAGCCAGGACAUUGGCUUGAUGGUGCGUGCCAUUGAGGAUAUCUUCGGAUACAUUGAGGCAGCUGGACCGGAGAGUGCCUGCAAAGUGUCCAUAUCGUAUUUGGAAAUCUAUAACGAGCUCAUACGGGAUCUACUCAAUCCGGGCGGUCCGCUGGAGCUACGAGAGGAUCUUCGUGGUCAGCGUAUUACCGUAGCUGGCCUUUCCGAAAUAACCACGUCCAGUCGCAAGGAGGUGGUGAGUCUGCUCGUUAAGGGCAACAAGGCGCGCACCAUGGAGCCCACGGCGGCCAAUCAGACAUCCUCUCGGAGCCACGCCCUGCUCAGCAUCACCGUGCAGACGCGUACGCCUCUGGGCACCAAGCAGGGUCGACUCUUUCUAACCGAUCUCGCUGGAUCGGAGCGAGCCAAGAAGACUAAAAAUCGUGGCAAGCGGUUGCAGGAGGGCGCCCACAUCAAUCGAAGUCUUCUGGCGCUGGGCAACUGCAUCAAUGCGCUGUCGGGUGGAGCCCGCUAUGUGAACUACCGGGACUCAAAGCUAACACGACUGCUCAAGGAGGCACUCAGUGGUCGUUGCAAGACGGUGAUGAUUGCCCACGUUGCACCAGAGAGUAAACAUCGAGAUGAGACCAAGAAUACUCUGGUGUAUGCGGAUCGUGCCAACAGCAUCACCACCAAGCUCCAAAGUUCCGUCUACAUCGAUGAGUUCAAGAACUUUCCCACCAAGCACUACCAGAGUCUCGUCUCUGAGCUGCGGGACGAGGUCACUCGCCUGCGCACCAAGAUGCUAACCGAGCGUCCACGCAGUGGAGCAGCUGCAGCCGCCGCGGCAGCCGUCUCAGCUCAACAGCCGCCCAGCGGGGAGCUGAAUGAGCAGCGGAAGACAGAGCUGCGAUAUCUGCGAGAACAGAUUGUGUUGACCUUCAAGCAGCAGAUGAAACUGCGACGCAAGCUGCUUGAGGCAGAGAGUCAUCUGCUCGGACUGGAGCUGGAUGCCGAGCGGCAGCACAUGAUCAUCUCGCAUUGGCAAGGACGCAUUGGCAAGCUCUACGAUGCACCAGGCGAUGAUGAUCUGGAGUCGGAAGGUUCAGUAGCUCUGAAGAAUGCCUGGGGUGAACUGGCGGCCAUUGAGAAGGAGACGCGACGCUAUAAAGAGAUACGUGAAAGCACAGAGCACGAGUUGGAGCUGUGUCGUCAGAAGGGUGUCAAAUUGGAGGAUGAGCUUCCCGAACGUAUUACCAGCGACGAGGAGCGCGAACUGCUCGCUCUGCUCUGCCGAGUGCACGAGCUGGAAGCGGAUAAGGUCUCGUUGCAGGCGGAACGACUGGCACGUCAGGCGGAGCUGCGACGUCGUGAUCUGCAGUUGCUGCGUGCCGAGCGGCAGCGACGAUUGUGCGAGGAUAUUAUUAGUUCGCAGCGUCGGCUCAUCGAGGAAGGCAACGUGGAGCUGCCGGAUGAGCUACGAGAACUCUACGGUCUUUAUCAGCAGGAGAUACAUGCCGGUGUCGUCACGCCCAGCACAAGCAACUAUGAAAAGAAGCUUCCGCCCAUCUACACAGCUGGCUCCGACUCACCCGGUUCCAGCUCGAGCUCUGAAUGGUCUCCCGCCUCGCCAUUGCCCGCCAUCGAGGGCCAUGCCGAGCACGUGAUGACAGAAGGUCCGGAUCGCCUAAUGGGUCCGCCUGUCAAUCCGCGUCUGCCACGUCUGUCCACUGCAGUGCCCGCCACUGGAAUGCGUCGUCCCUCGUUACGACUGGGAAAGCAGACGCAUCCUUAGAAAUCGAAGCGCCAACUCUGUUUGAGUUGCUCAGGUAUAGUUUGUAAAGGUUUAGGCUAGGAUUAGACAGGCGGCACAGUUUACAGAAAUGCUCUUUAUGUUAAAUACAUUAAUUACAUAUCUAAAUAUCGAGUACAUAUCUUUAAUAAAAGCGUAUAUAACGGAACUAAA